CUGGUGGCACACGCCGGCGAAUCGCCGACACGAGCGGGUGCUCUCGCUCUCCUUCGCGCGUUUGCUACGCGUUCUCUCGCCCGCGCGCGAUUUAUGGAUUCACUAUCUAGUCGCGUGGCCCCGCUGGGCGCCCGAGGAACACCGACCGCGAGUGUGUGCCAUUCGCUGCGACGACAUUAGGGUAGCGUUAGAAGACGUCACCGCCGUCUCUUCUUCACCGCUACCCCCCCCCUCUGUGUGCCACCGGUCGGGGUGAAAACCGAGUGCUGAAAAAUGGUUCACGUGCUUUUGGAGGGAAGUGCGCCGAUCAGUGUGACGCUCGAAUGAUGUUGGGAUGGUAUCUUCGCUGCUCUCGAGCAAAGCGUACCGAUGUUGCUCGCGCGGAGUUCAGACACUUUUUAUGGUAUAGAAAAGUCAUCGGAAAGCUGACGGCAGAUUUUCCUGUCGCAGAUUAUUUGUCGGGACUCUGGAUAAGAGAAGCAAGUGGAAUUUAUGAAGAAGGAACAGUGUUACGGUUUUGAAACGGUUUUAUACGAUCGAAGAGGGAGGCAUUAUAUUUUUGAUACAAUUUUUUACCCGUUUUUACCCGGUGGAGAAAAAAGAAAGGAGGAGUUUCGUUCAAACCGAGCCAAAUAUACAUAUCCUUGUGAAAAAAUGCUCUCUAUAUCGAAUUGUUCUCCAGCGAUUGGAUCGCAGUGAGAAAUGCGAAGUGCGACGAGCUGAACAAAGUACAAGCUCUGAACAAAGAAACAAGCAACACCAUCAUCAAACUGGCGAGUGCAAAGCUCGAUAGCCAAUAACUAACAAUGUUGAGCCUGAAAUACUCUAAUCCAAUGCGACGCAACGAUAAUACCUAUUGAUCAGAAUUAUUCGGCCGAUACAUCCGACGUGUAUUUAUCGGGAUUGUUUAAUCAACGUCCACAAGUGCCGCUAAACGAGACCAAUUGACCAACGUCUAAUUUCUGUUUGCCGGCAACGAUUGAGUGGCGAAAUAACUGGUCUACCGAGGAGAGGAUUAAUUGAGCGCGACUGUGGGUGCGAUUAUUAAUCCAUCGAUCGACCGAGAUCGAUCGGGAGCGGCGGGGUGGGUGCGUCCGUUCGUCGCGAAUUGGGAACGCGUUUCGUCAUCAUCCGCGGAAAAGGCGCCUAAACGCGCGAAAGCGUUUACCCGUACUAUUCUAAUCCUCGCGUCCUUGAGACCGUCACGGGGAUCCGAAGUUGCUGUCGUCUCGCGGUGCCCGGCUGCGCCUGGAACUUGGCCGUGGCCGAUCGAAAACGCGACGGGGGCAUUUGCUGGCUGCCGCUUCUACCAACAAACGCGCCGUCGUGGAGGAGAGUUAAGAGAUGCCGCGGCCGAAAAUAAAGGGGCGGCGAAGGGAUCGGAUCGAGAAACGUAAUCCACGACGCAGUUGGCGGACGCACGACGCGCCGAGCGCUGAUUUCCGCUGAUCCUCGAGAGCGUCUCCGAGGGUUCGACGAUUCCAAGAGGGGCCUGUCGAGAAGGAGGCAAAACUGAAUCGAGCUCAUUCCCUAGAAAGGGCAAAAGCAAGCGGUCGUCGACCUUCGACCACGGACUUGCGACUCGAGUGGGCCGUGGGAGAACUUGAAGAAGCGAAAGUGCGCGCCUAUCCUCUGGCGUGAUUUCUCUUAUCAACGGGGCACUCGAGGGCUAAUUUUAAGCCCUUUUCAAAGGCGAGGCUCACGCAAACACUACAGGUCACUGUGAUGAUCAACCAUGGCGCCAGAAACGACAACCCUGACGAGUCUCUUGGUACUGCUGCUCAUGGCAAUCGCAGCCUGCUCCUCGCCCAGGAUCAUCGCUACCACCCAGGCGCCCUUUGGCAGAAUUCUAAAGCCCGUGAAACUUCACGAAGGAUAUAUGGAGGUGGUUCAGGAACAGAGAUGCUCUCAUGCCCUUUUGCGACUAACAUGCAGGUCGCUGAAAGCAUUCAUCUUUAUCCUGGAAGCGGAGUAUCACGCGAAUCACACGGAGCUUUGUAUGAAAGAAUCGAAAAAGUUCGAAAAUAUCAAGAUAUUGCAGAAAGAUAGCGUGCGACGGUGGAAGGACACGAGGCAUCUCAAAGGAAACUAUAUAUUUGAUGAAGAAGACGGAGAAAUGGACAUUGUCGAUAUCAGAUCAUCAUUGAAUAGGAGGUGCUCGGGUCAGAAGCACUGUCGCUAUAACAUAACCAUCGAUCAUCCGAGCGCAAAUUCCUGGAUCCCAGGUGGAAUCCUGUUAAAAUACGCCUGCAUACCGGAAGGAGCAGUCAGGCGGUACUGCAACCAAAAGGUGAAGGUGAUCGCCGGGGAAGGAGGUUACAUCAACACUCCGGGCUACCCAUUAUACUACGUUGGGAACAUCACGUGUGGAUGGACCUUCGUCACGCUUCCGGGACAAAGAAUAGUUCUGACCUUCCACGACUUAAAUAUCCUCGGUCCACAAGCGAACGGAAGCUGCGUGGACAUCGUGAGAGCGCGGGACGGAGACAGAAUUCUCUUGGAGUUCUGCGGCACCGCGGCGGGAGUUCAGGUCGUCUCGAACACGAAUCUGUUGACGCUCGACUUCGUCGCUUCCAAGAGAUUUCACAACGCCCGAGGUUUCUUGCUGCAUUACCAAGCGCUGGGCUGUCCAGAGAUCUCGCCGCCGAACGGAAGUUACAUGUCGAACGGUACAUUGACUUCGCGGACAUUCCUAUGCAAGUCGGGCAGCGUGUUUCCCGACAGCGGGGACAGAAAAAGGACGCUCGAAUGCAAGAAUGGCAAGUGGAACGAGACCGCUACCAGGCUGCCUGAUUGCAUAGCCACGUCAGCGGUGAUCUUAAAAACGGAGAACGAGCACCAUCAUCUGGCGAGUCUAUCCGGGGAUAAUAUCCUUGGAACAGGGGUGAGGAUAGGACGCGGCGAGGACGCAGUCGCGAGUGGUAGCGGCCCCGUUAUGGAUUCGGCGCAAUCGGCCAUGAUGAAGCAAGCGGACUACGUCGUAGACGUUGUGCUACCAACGGUCCUAAUUGCUUUGCUAUUCGUCGGCAAUGCGAUCAUCGUUUAUAUCAUCUUCCAGUACAGAAAGAGAAAACUCCCGGCCGUGACGCAGGGCGAAGAGAUGGCUCUUCGGGGCCCGGCUGACGUGCCACAGGUGUGAUUCCAAGGGUCCGGACUAAUCGCGCACGUGGACACCGGUUAGCUGCGAGAAGAACUCGAUGUCCAUGUGAUGAUCGGAAGCCGUCGUGGGCCGUCGUGCCGGCGGGAAUCGAAACCAACAGGAGAAUCUUUGAAAUCCUCACGACAAUUCCGCGCAAUUAGCCGAGGCCGUGACGCUGGAAGAAACGAAGAAGACUCGACGUGGUCUUGGCUGCGCAUUUAGCGCGAAACGUGGCUGCCCGAAUCUACGAUCAACUCUCUCGCACAUUCUUGCGCAUUUUCAAUUCGGUGGAAACUAAAAAUCCGAAUCGAACAACGAAAGACAGGAUAAGCGUCCACGCUUUGCGCUUCUCUCGUGCAUUUCACGCUCUAAAUGUAUCCGAGGCUGAUUAUCGUUUUACAUUCGAUGCGCCCUUGAGCUACGCUCUUGCGGAUCUCUCGGAGAGACUUCCGGUGUUCAGCGAGACGGAUGGCCGCUUUUGGGGGCAAAAUGCGUUGCCAAAAUAGGACGCGCACGGGCGCGCGUCCAAGGCCUGAUAGGCAUGAACGGACUUAUGACCGGUUCGAUACUGUGUAACUCUCGCGAGCCUAUUACAACAUGACUUUACAUAAUACAAGCACACACACACGCGCACGCAUACACACAUAUACACAGACAUACACAACAUACUUACGUUACUGUAUUAUAAUAUAUAAGCAGAUAAUAUAUUCUAUACUUCGUCCAAAUUUGUGAAUAAGUUGAAAAUAAACGAACGUUUUCUUAGUA